AUGGCAAGCUCUCAAAAGCAUUGGCCAGCAGUGGCAGCACCAUCACUCCCAACACAGGCAAACAUCUCAGCCAAGCCCCAGCAACCACGGAGGCCAGUUGUUCCUCCCAAGGGGCCACCAGUUGGAAGAAACUACAUACAGACAGUAAUGCCUGGAGCUGGUGGAACUGGAUUCAGAGUUGUGCCAGAAGGAAGAAGUAAGGCUGACAAUUGGGGCCAGAGGCAGCCAGUGCAGAAGGCAGCAAACCCAAUGGGGGAAUCGACAUCUUGCAAGGCCAUCAGUUCCACAGAAUCGUGGAAGCACAGAGAAGGAAAGAACGUGCCACCUCAGUCAUCGUUGCGAAACCAUGGGGUUGACAUGCAUAGAUCGUUGAGCAUCGAAGAUGGGGAAGAUCUCAGCGGACAUCUGGACUGCAAUGGGCCAUACGAGGCACUGCAGUCUGGUGGUUCGGGCCGGGUGACAUCUAUUGAUCUUGGACCUCGGGCUGCUAACCCCAGCAUGCGCUACAAGGCUGAGCUCAUGCAGCGCCUCCCAAAUGGUGCAACUGUCAAGUCAGAGGGUUGGGGCCCAUCCAAAAGUGCUGCUAAACAGGCUGCCAUUGCAGAGUCACUGAAGCGCCGCCCAGCCGCUGGCGGAAAUCUACAGCCGCCUCGUGGAAACACUGCAGUUGAUGAUAGAAUGAGGGACAGAGAUAGAGACAAACGGGGCUCCCGCAGGGACCCAUCCCCGCCGCAACCUGUGAAACGGACAAGGCAUGGGCACACAAGACCCAUAGAUCGUGAUUCUGCUUCUACCUGGGGUUCAAGGGGGAACAACUAUGGGCAGGCAUCACUGACUGGCUAUGUUGCACAGCUGGCCGAUGGUCUUGAUGAUGCUGAUGAAGAGAUGCCACUCGCAGAUGAUGACGAUGAAGAGGAAGAGGGCGAAAUCAAAUGA